AUGGACACGGAGCAUGGUACCUGCAAGGGGUAUGGAUUCGCUCGUUACGCGUCCAUGCAAGAGGCCGAGAACUGCAUUCGUGGCCUUGUUGGUCAGAAGUACGAGGCUGGCUUUGCUCGUGAAUCCUUCAAUGCUCGUCUCAAGACUCUGGCGGAUCCAAACUCGACGAAUAUCUAUGUCUCCAACCUCCCACGCAGCAUGACUGAGAAGGACAUGCAAGACAUCUUUGCCGGCUAUGUUGUGAUCUCCAACAGGAUACUCAGGGACAGCCACGGAGUUAGCCGCGGUGUCGGAUUUGCUAGAUUCGAAUCACGCGAGAUCUGCAAUGAGAUCAUCAAGAAUUUCCACGGCAUGCCGGUCGGAGAAGAGGCUCUCGCCCUGCAGGUUCGUUACGCAGACACCAGCGCCCAGAAACGCCUGAAGGCAACUACCACGAAGAAGCGCCAGUAUCGCUCCAACGAGUACAAUAGUGUUGUCAAUGGGUCUUACUACAACAAUCAGUCGCACAUGUCGUAUGGAGGACAAAAUCCGCACUUUAGAAACCGUGUAUGGUUGCGUCAGAGCUCCAUGAGUUCCAACGGUGAUGGCGGUGUUCAUCUGAAUUCACGCGAUUCUCACUCGUCGUCGAGCACCAAUAGAAAGAACUGGGACAGGUCCCAGGACUGGAAGGGUAUCGGCGACGAAAACAAGCCGGCCGGUUGGAGGGCUCCCGGAAACGCCGCUACCGACCCAUCCAAGUUGGAGACUGUCCACGAAGACGACGGAGACACGAUCUCGGAAGCUCAUUCGGAGGGCACUGCGAAUGGACACGAUUACGGACAGCUCCCCCAUGCGGGUAGGACCUCUAGUGGCAGCGCGUCUGAUCCGGGUGACAGUUACGGUGGCCGCGAGUACCGCAAGGACGGAAGUUUCAUCUGCUAGACAGGUUGGAGCUAUUUGGCGGAGCUCUGGUUGACGGGAUGGAUUAGUGGCUUGUGGUGUUUACAUUUUUUUCCUUUCUUUUCCUCAUGAUGUAUUUGCUUUUGUCCCCUUCCUUACUACUUGUAGGUUGAGGGCUUUUCUUUGGCAUGGCUUGGAGGAAUGACCAUGCUUCUCG